AAACGAGCAACUCCACAGCACAGUCUCACGGUGGACGGAGGACACGUCGUCUCUUCUUCGUCCGGCUACUUUCACAAACUUUUUCUAAAGACAUUGUCCAGCUCUAAUCUUCCUCUCGGCGUUUUUUUUUUACCUUAGAACAAGACAAAACAAUAACAGUAGCACGCGCGGGAACCAAAACAACGCGAGAGAGCGAACGUUUGGCGUCUCCAAGGCAACCGCGAGCGUUUGAGCUUUUUCUGGUGAUUUUUUUUAGGGGAAUACAGCAGCACCACUUCUUUCCCUCUCUGGACCGAGGAAAUGAAGCCUAGAGCCGCCAAAAAGGUGGACGAGGGAGGAAGGAAGGGACACUGAGCAGCCCCCGCGGCCACUUUUUGCAAUUUUUCAAGGGAUAAAAGUUCUCAAAAAGAGGGGAGAAAAGAGACCCCGCGCCGCGGCUGAGCUAUGCUAAGCUAACCCCCUCAGUCAGCUGUGGAGAAUUAUGUGGAGCAAGCAAACAAGCAAAAACAAAGCGGCGAGGCGAAACCGCGCAGGGAAAAAAGGAAAGAAGCUGACCUUCCUGGACUGAAGAGAGAGAGAAGAGAGACGCCCCCCUCUCCCCUCGACCGCUGCUGGUGUGUAACACGGGAUUUUUGGGGUGUUGUGGAGCAGGAGAAAGAGGAGGCGGCGGUGGAGGAGAAGGAGGAGGCGGAGGAGAACAGAGAGACAGAUAGUUUUUGAGGGUGAAGCAGCUAAUUGCUAAGUCCGUCCCUCAUUACCAUAAGCGGCGUGUCCGCUGGCCCUCAGCCAGUCCCCCCCUCUCACACAUUAUUAUUCACCAUCAUAAUUACAUACCGACCAUGCGCAGUCCACACAGCACCAACGCCAGCUAAUUUCCCUCAUUUUUUUUCUUGCGCCACUCGACUAUUUGUGAACAUUUCGUUGCGUGUGUGCGUGUGUGUGCUGGUGGGGUUUCAUUUCGUUCUGUGUGUGUGUGCGCGCGCGUGUGUGUGUGUUUUUUCCCCUCCUCGCUGCUGAUGUAUGUGCCAACAGCAGGAGCUGGAGUGGCAGCGUGUCCUCAGCAAUGUCCCGUCGGAAGCAAGCAAAGCCGCAGCACCUCAAGUCCGAGGACGAGCCUUCAGACCUGGGGGGACUUUCUCAGAACGUCUCAGGCGAGGUUUUGGACGAUGCCGACAGCGGUAACGAGAGCCGCAGCGGGAGCGAGGAGACCCACGUGUGUGAGAAGUGCUGUGCGGAGUUCUUCAAGUGGUCUGAUUUCUGCGAGCAUCUGAAGAGCUGCACCAAGAACCCGCUUGUGCUUAUUGUCAACGAGAAUGAGGGCACACCAGAUCCAGCGCGGGAGUAUCCGGCCGAGCCCUCACCUGUGCCUAGCUGCCCGAGUGAGCCUGCGCUCAGUGAGGAGGCAGCAGAGGGCCGUCACACACCAGUCGAAGCUGACGAGGGGACUGAGAUGACUUUAGAGCGUGCAGCCACCCUGGACAAGGAAGAUGAGCCUAUGGAAGUGGAACUGUCUCCUGAGAAACUAAUGGACCCUGAAGAUCCGGAAGCAUCACCGGACCCAGAUGUCAGCCUACCUCAGCUUGAGGACACAGCCCACCCAUCUGGGGCAGGAUACAGCAUGCCCAGCACAAACGUCACAUUGGAGACGCUGCAUGGGACCCGAGUGGCUGUGGCACAGUUCUCCCAAAGCUUCCGUGGAGCAGUAGCCAGCGGCGUAUCCACAAUGGCCAUCCCUAUGAUACUGGACCAGUUGAUGGCUUUGCAGCAGCAGCAAAUCCACCAGCUCCAGCUGAUAGAACAGAUUCGCAGCCAGGUGGCGCUAAUGAACAGGCAAGCCCCUUCGCAGUCAGCACUCAACCAUCACGCACACCAUAAUACAAAUGCUGCCUCACAGGCAGCUCCGUCCACUGGCCUUCCCACUAUCUCCAGUCAGCUCCAGCUGCAUGGGUUCAUUACACCACCUGUCCACCAACUGCCUAUCAGGGUGCCGCCCACUUUAAAUGGCCAGGGGCCAGCCUCGUUGUCCUCUGCUUUGGAAGGAAGUCACUCUCAUGUGUCACAGACAGGCAGCCAGUUGUCAAGCUCUGUAAUGAACAGCAACACCUCAACAAAUUCCUCAUAUCCACCAUCAAGCUGUAGUGUAGUUCCUUCCUUGCUGCCACCGAGUUCAGUCACUAGCAGCAGCAGCAACAGCAGCAGUAGUGCUGGAGCUGGUAUCAGUAGCAGUGUUUCCCUCCCGAGAAACACCUCAAGUCCUCCGACACUGACCCACGGCAGUCUGCUGAGCUCCCCCUCAAACCUCCCCCUGAUACCUCAUAGUUCCUCAAGUAGUGUCAUCUUUCCCAACCCACUGGCCAGUAUUGCAGCUACAGCCAACGCACUUGAUCCUCUUUCUGCCCUAAUGAAGCACCGCAAAGGAAAGCCUCCUAACGUCUCUGUAUUUGACACCAAGCCUAGCUCAGAUGACCCCUUCUUCAAACAUAAGUGCAGGUUUUGCGCCAAGGUGUUUGGAAGUGACAGUGCUCUCCAAAUACACCUUCGCUCCCAUACUGGUGAAAGACCUUUCAAGUGCAACAUCUGUGGCAAUCGCUUCUCUACAAAAGGGAACUUGAAAGUUCAUUUUCAGAGACACAAAGAAAAGUAUCCACACAUUCCAAUGAAUCCCUAUCCGGUUCCUGAGUAUCUGGACAAUGUGCCAACCAGCUCAGGUAUUCCUUAUGGCAUGUCUUUGCCACCGGAGAAGCCUGUUACCACAUGGCUGGACAGCAAACCUGUUUUGUCCACUGUCCCAACUUCGGUUGGGCUGCAGCUUCCCCCAACCCUGCCCAGCAUGAUCGGAGGCUAUGGAGAUUCACCUAGCCUCACCCCCAUUAACAGGUCACCUCAGAGACCGUCACCACCAUCAAGUGAGUGCGCAUCCCUGUCGCCCAAUGUCCUCAGUACUGAAGCCAGCACGACCCUCACUUCAGCCUCUCCACAGCCCAAUAUAGGGGGUGAUGUACCCCCAGUUUUGAAGCCAGAGGGAAUUCAUUUGCCACCCAACUGCACCACCAGGCCUGGGGAGACCAGCUUAUCCACCACCACUAUGACCCAGGUUGUGUUAUCAGCCACUGUCACUACCACAACCACCACCACCACUCAAAUCACAGACUCAGUGACCCCUCCAUCAUCUGCCUCUCAUCCGUCCCUCCCAAUGAUCUCAGAUCAGUUCAAAGCCAAGUUUCCUUUUGGUGGCCUCUUGGACUCUAUGCAAACAUCAGAGACCUCAAAGCUGCAGCAGCUGGUGGAGAACAUUGACAAGAAGAUGACAGACCCUAACCAGUGUGUUAUUUGCCAUCGUGUGCUCAGCUGUCAGAGUGCCCUCAAGAUGCACUACCGUACCCACACUGGCGAGAGGCCCUUCAAAUGCAAAAUAUGCGGUCGUGCUUUCACUACCAAGGGCAACUUGAAAACACACUUUGGAGUUCACAGGUCCAAACCCCCUUUACGAGUGCAGCACUCUUGUCCUAUUUGUCAGAAGAAGUUCACUAAUGCCGUGGUGUUGCAGCAGCACAUCCGCAUGCACAUGGGGGGUCAGAUUCCAAACACGCCUCUGCCCGAGGGUUUUCAGGAAAUGGACACGGAUUUUUCCUUUGAUGAGAAGAGCUUAGACAACAUGAGCAACUAUGAUGACGAGCUGAUUGACGAGAUGGAGCAGGCCAUGGAGGACGAGCCAGAUAUGAAAGAUGGAGAAUUGGACCCAUCCAAACCAACACUUUCAUAUGGAGAGAUGUCCCCUAGCAGCUCUCCCCCAACUUCUGUCAUCUCUAGCAUUGCUGCUUUGGAGAAUCAAAUGAAGAUGAUUGACUCAACAGCAAACAUGACCCGCGCCUUUAGCCUGAAGCCCUCUGAAAAUGGGAGUGGGGUUGGUGGAGAAAGCAGCGACAUGCUUGCCACUGACUCAUCUUCUGCUGUGGGAGACUUAGAGAAUCACAGUGUGGGGAGUCCGGCCCUGUCCGACUCAUCAGCCUCCAUGCAGGCUCUCUCUCCUGCUCACAGCCAGUCUGAGAGCCAUCGCUCCAGGUCUCCAGGGCUGGCCAACAACAGCAGCAGCAACGCUGCCGAUGAUGCCCAGGAAUCCAGCACGGCAACAGCAACCGUAAAGUCUGAGAAAUCAGAGACUCCCUCUCCAGGUUCUGUACCAGCAGAACACACUGGAGCCCUAGACCUCACAGCUGCCCAGCCAAUUAGGCCUUACGUUAAGGAGGAGAAUCAAUUCAGCAUGCUGUUCCUGGGUAGAGACAGGGGAUUAAGUGCUCCCAGCUUGAUGAGCUCGGCACCAAGCAUGGUCAAACUUGAGAUGAAUGGGCAUAGCAAGCCGCUGUCCUUGAGUGAGAGCUCACACUUGCACAUGAGCCUUCAGGUACCUGCUGCAACGCCUCAGACAACAAUGAGCCCUAACCUCACCCCGAUGCUGGCACCACCUCCACCCCGCCGGACCCCCAAGCAGCACAACUGCCAGUCCUGCGGGAAAAACUUCUCCUCAGCCAGCGCCCUGCAGAUCCACGAGCGCACACAUACGGGAGAAAAACCCUUCGCCUGCUCCAUCUGUGGCAGAGCUUUCACCACAAAGGGCAAUCUGAAGGUCCACAUGGGCACCCACAUGUGGAACAAUGCCCCAGCUAGGAGGGGGCGUCGUCUCUCGGUGGAGAACCCCAUGGCCCUGCUGGGUGGUGAUGCAAUGAAAUUCAGCGAGAUGUUCCAGAAAGACCUGGCAGCACGGGCAAUGAACGUAGACCCAGGAUUUUGGAACCAGUACGCGGCGGCUAUCACCAACGGCUUGGCCAUGAAGAACAACGAGAUUUCCGUCAUUCAGAACGGGGGUAUUCCUCCGCUGCCUGUCAGCCUCGGCGGGAGCGGCAUCCCCUCACUAGGGAGCAUGUCGGGGGGCAUGGAGAGAGCGCGCACUGGGAGCAGCCCCCCAAUGACUGGCCUCGAGAAGACUAGCCUAGAAGUGGGAACUGGACGUCCUUUCUCCAGGUUUUUGGAGGACAGCAAAGAGAUUGGGAUCAAUUAACGAGCUUUCAUUGGAGGAGAAAACGUGGAGAGACUCACAACCGAGAACCGAGUUAAGACAUGGAAAGUUACACUUUAUCCAGUUUGGUCUCUUAUGUACUAUAUUAUGUACAGCUGAAGUUUGAUAUUCUGUUUGGUUUUGGAUCUAUAGUAUUCGGUAUUGAGUAGAGGUAUUUCCCCAUCCUCCCAUUUCUCCUGUUUCACCUGAAGAAAAAACUGUCUCAUGUUUGAGAAUCUGUUGUCUUGCAAGAUUUGCAUGGUACUUAUUGGUUCUUCUCAGUACAUUUGACUGCUUUUGAGGAUUAUGUCACAAAAAAAAGAAUAUCUUCACUCAGUUGUUAUGGGUAAGACUCUAAAACUGUAAAAAGAGAAAAAAAAGAAAUGAAGAGCAAUCUUUAUGUGGAUAAACUGAAUAAUGUUUACCUGCCUACAGUGUAUGUUUUGAGGUACAAGAAAGGGGAAUAGGUGAAACGAAGUACAUCGUCGUAGUGCGCGCUUAUUAUUAUUAUUAUUAUUAU